CUGGUUUCAAAAGUGAAACCGACGCACAGCACACUUUUUCACAAUCAAAAAGUGAUAUCAGAGUUCAAGUUUACGCUGAGCCAUUGGACCAGACAAACUAUCUUUUCCCGGGCAGCUUAUUUGAAAACAAUGCGCACUUUCUGCCAUUCGCUCCUCGACGGCUGUAAGCUGUAGUUGGUGUCUCGUUUUCUUGUUUUGAUUUCCCUGACAACUGAAUGACGCACAGGCACAGAUCGAGAUGAUGAGCCUGCCAGAGAUAUUUACAGAAGUUAAGCUUAAGAUUCAUCCAGCCAUCUUUCAGCCACCAAAUUCAGUGACCAGCAUCCUGAAUGGAAAGACCAUACGAGUUACUCAGAAAGGAGACUAUUUAAUUGCUACUGGGAAGUUCCAAGAUAUUAACGAUUUUUAUAAGUCGUGUAUAAAGUUACAAACAACACAUAAUAGACCAAAGCAUCCAAAACAACAGGAAAUGAGUAUGAGCAGCCACACCACUGCAAGUCUGAGAUCAGCUCAAAACGACCCUUCAGUAAUUAAACCAAUUGAAGUCGAUGACACUGUUAUGCAUUACAUCAAAGAAAAGAAAGCAGAGGAAUUUGAAGCUAUCCAAAAAAGGCACGCAGUUUCCAUAAAUAGAUUGAAAAAUUCUCUGAGCUUCAGGUCUCAAACUGGUAAGAGCAUUCACGCUCAAUUUGCACGAGAAGAGUUUAUAAAACUGUACCAAAAGAUUGCAACUGGGCUGCAAAUCAGGAACCACGCUUACAGUCCAGAUAUUAUUGCACUUUGCUCUUCAGAGUUUCCAGAACUCUUAAUCAAUCUCAGUAGUGAUAGAAAACAAAUGCAACUAGUUGGUGACUUUAUCAGCCUUCAGAGAUUUGACAAAUGUUUGAAAGAGAGUGACUGGAGAAGGUAUUCACUGCACCAAAGCCCAAGCAGAAGAAAAGACUUCGACACACCUCGCAAUCAACCUGCAAAACAUGAGAAAACAACUGACCAGGCCAAAGAUGAGACAUGUCCGAUCUGUUUGGAAACCAUCAAGAUGCCUGAAUCCACAGUGUUAACUAAAUGCCAGCACAGGUUUUGCAAAGACUGUUUAAAGAGGGCUUUUCAGUUGAAACCAGCCUGCCCGAUAUGUGGAGAAAUAUACGGCAGUCUCACAGGGACACAACCCAAAGGAGGAACCAUGACAGUAUCACGGGACAAAUCCGGUUUACCUGGAUACGAAAGAUUAGAGACGAUCGUCAUCACCUACUAUAUACCAAGUGGAUCCCAGGGGGUUGAACACCCAAACCCAGGCAUGUCAUACCACGGUGCGUCCCGCAUUGCUUACCUCCCUGACUCAACAGAAGGGAACCAUGUACUCAAGCUUUUGCAGAGGGCGUUCGACCAGCGACUCACUUUCACUAUCGGUCGAUCAUCCACCACUGGCAAGAACAACGUGGUGACCUGGAAUGACAUUCACCACAAGACGUCCCGUGAUGGAGGGCCCACGCAUUACGGUUACCCAGAUCCAGACUACCUGAAGCGAGUGCAAGAUGAACUGAAAGCAAAAGGAAUUUACUGAUUUAACUGACUGAAGCUUGUAUUCCUAUCAUAUGACCAACAUUUAUUGAAGCAGUCUUUUGUUUAGUUUUUAGCACUAUAAAGGAUUAACAGUUUAGGAUUCGAAUGGGCAUAUUUUAGUUUGUGUUAUUAUAAUCUCAUAAAGCAUCAUAAGAGAGAUUUAUAACUGUAUAGUAUGUAUAGAUAUAUAACCCAUGGGUUAAGCGGUUAAACCUCUAGUUACAAAUCAGUAUGAUAGAGGCAUCACAUUUACAGAAAUCUUAAAUCUACUUUAAUCACCGUUCCACAUAUGUAUGAAGCUCUGUAAAUAGAUUUUCUCAUCUAUGUUCAUUCAGUGAUUACAGUGUUAUAAAAUAAGUUUAUUAGUCUACAGAAAUGUAGGAUUUUUUCACUCUGUGUUAUUUGAAGUAUUCUAUGAAAGCACAGUCAUUUAUUAGCAUUAAUCCAUUUCU